GCCCCGGAUAAUUGCGUUUCACACUCGGAUGGGCGAACCCUUACGACCUUUCACUUUCAGAGUUUCGUAGAGAAAGAUCGAAUACCCAAAUUACAAAGCGUGAUAUUGCCGCUUCACAUUUGGAUCCUUUGACUGGGAAUUGGGAUUCGAUCAUUCAUCAAAGAAAUGCCGGUGAGAGUGGUGGAGAGCUCUGCACCUUCCCAAGUUUCAGGCGCGAAUUCUGGAGAGACAUUACCACAAGUAUGCUCACUUUUGAGUGUUGGACAGGCCUUCUCUGGUACUCAGAAUGUUUCUAGCCUACAGAAAGAUGAAGCAUGGAGAGUUAACGUUCGAAUACAGGGAUGUGACCUUGAACAUGGGUAUCUAUGUGGGACCAUGGAAGCUCUCAAUGUCCCUAUGGCAGACACACCAGUAGUAACCUUCUGGGAAGGGGAGAUCAUUGACACAAAGAAUUAUACUUUCUUCACUGGCAAGUGGGAAGCGACGCAAGAGGAUGAUAUAAGGCACUGGACCAAGUUUCCAUCCUUCCGUCCCUAUUUGAGUCGAGUGGAGGUUGAUGGUGGAAAAUCUUUGGACCUGAGUGACUCUGAAUUCAUAUAUAUGAGAUGGAAAGAGCAACACUUUGUGAAUGUUGGGACAGACUGUGGGUUAACUAUAGCUGGCUUUUACUAUGUUUGUUUCUCUUGUAGUGAUGGCUCCAUCAGUGGCUUCUAUUAUGAUCCUAAUAGCAGCCCAUUUCAGAAGCUCGAGCUAAAAUCAACUAAUGAGGGAAGAUCAGGUUUCAGUUUUUCGUCAUAUGAGUUGCAAUAAAAUGGAAGAAGGCAUUCGCAUUUUGGGGUUAGCACUUGACUGAACUUUGCUUGGUCAGAUGAACAUCUCAGAGGUACCAGGGAGAUUAUGCAAGAUGACAGGGAAUCCAGACUAUACGAGGAUUAUAUUGGAAGAGUUGACGAGUGAUGUAUAUCUGUUUGUGUUGAGAGCACUGGUCAUAAAGUACAUCUGUGUGGAAUACUUCUUGUGUUGUUGUAUAUGAAUUGAAGUUAAACAUACAUGCAUGCCAAGCCAACCACUUAAUUUAAUGGAUCGUUGCAGCUAUGUAUAGCAUGUAAACAAUUCCCACGGUUCA